AUCUCCUGUGUUCUUAUAUAUCUUUUGCAGCUCUUCUCGUCGGAGAGAAGGAGGAGCGAAAGAAGCCCGCGAAAUUAUUGCGCGUUCGGGUUUCGCGAUCGCGUCACGAUAUCGAUACUUAAUAGUUCGUAUUUUGAAACGUUUGUUCUUCGAUCAGAUUUUAAGUCGGGUUAGGGAGAGGAGGGAGAGAGAGAGAGAGAGAGAGAGAGAGAGAGAAAGAGAGAGGCUAUCGUUCUGUGAGUGUCACGUGAUUCGCGCCCACGACGUGAAGAUGCAGUGACUGUGUCGGCCGUGAAGCUGUCUGUCAUUCGGAGACGCGUUAUCAUCGGUCAAGUACGACGCACGAGAAAGGACAGCCCCGACAUAUUACGCAAUAUAUUAUCACAGAUCAAAGCUCGAGAUUUUCGUGUGAUUGUUCGUUUCGGGAGAUUCGGGAUUUUCGUGUAAUUGUUCGUUUCGGGAGAUUCGGGAUUUUCGUGAUCUUCAUUAUUCGUUUCGUAGUACGAACGUUCGAGUGGAUAAAUAUUACGUCGUGUUUAUUCGGAAGACUUUCGCGAGUUGCUUUUGUAUGUUGCUUUACACGAACUCUCGAAAGUUACGGGACGAUGCAUUAAAUUAUUCCAAUGUGAUCGCGCGAACCGCGUGAAGUGAGUCGCUCUGUCACCGCGUCUGGCGUCCAUAUUCGAAUUCCCGCCGUGUUUGAACGCCAGGAUCGCGCACGCUCCGGUAAUUUUGCGGAAGCAGCGAUUGUGAAAUUCGCGAGUGUGCAAUCGGUUGACGUGAGAAUUGCCAAAGGAUCUCCAGGAUGCGUCUGCAUGGGACGAGAACGUCGCGCAAGGAGGAGGAUGAUCUGACCGAUCAUGAAGCAGCGUGCUGUGGACAUCGCUAAAGGGUUCGUUUGCGACAACAUCCAGUCAACAAAUUGGGAUAUAUAUUAUGGAGAUGCGGACAGAAAGACCACGAACUGCCGGUCGAAUAGCACCAACUGGAAGAGUAACACCAACGGUACAUCAAACUAGUGGAGGUCGAAGAAAAGCUAUACCAGUUCCACCUCCGAGAGUGCCGACUCCUAUGCCCGUUGCGAAUAAUAAUCAACAAAAGAACAAUGCCAACGUCGUCGUCCCGCCCACCGUAUCAGCCGUGUCGAAGAAAGAGCCACACGAAAACAUCGCCCGGAUAGCGAAGCGGUACCUCGACGAUAACAUGCAGCAGGCGUGGAUCAAUCCUCGUCUAAUAUCGAUGAUAAAUAUGGAAGCAGUGACAUCGACCGACUACGAUUCCACAAAUCUCAGUAGAAACUUUAAUCAAGUUGGCUUCAACACAUAUAAUUACUCACAAUUCGAGGAGAAAUAUAAACCGCGACAAUUCUUCAAGUAUGGCGAUGAGUAUCUCGAGUACGGACACAAACUCGGUGCCAAUGAAAGAUACGCGCGAAUGAAGUAUCAGGACGGCUCGAGGCUCGAUCAACGAUAUUCACGCAGUCAAUCUCAGCCGGAACGGCAACACCAUCUGUACCAGGAGAUACGCUCCAAAUCUCAGGAUUCUCGCGAGCUUACAUUUUACCAGAUAAAUCCGCCUCCGAAAACAGAGAAUCCACGACAACAUGACAAGUCGCAAAAGUUGAAGAAAGAGCUGACAUUCUACGAGAUUGACGGACCACCAUCCUGUCAGGAGAAGAGGGAGAAAUCCGAGAUGUGCAAAGAGCGUGCCGACAAAGGGACUAAAUCUCACGACAAGUCCCACGCUGGUGGUCAGGAGAAGUCGCAAACCGCAAAGCACGGCAGACAGAGUCACCAGGAGCAGCAGAAAACACUGGCGAACGCGUCGGAUCACCGUCAGCUGAACCGAUCGCAGUCGGAUCUCACGGAGUGCCAGCUGCCGAAUUACUGCGGUCAUCGGAAUAAUCCAUACAUUGAUCCGCCCAAGUAUCGACAGUUUGACAGACCACCGCGCUAUCAAGAGGCUCCGCCGAGAGUAGUGGAACCACCGCCCAAGUAUCAUGCCGAUCCGCCUAAGUACGUCGAAGUGUCCAAACGGCAAGACGACUCUAAGAAGAUCCAGGAGGAGAAGGGGAGACGACAAGGUGGUAGUGGCGGCGGGGGUGGCAGCAUCAGCGGUGGCGGUGGCAGUGGCGGUAAUUCCAGUGGGGGAAGAGGGAACACCGGCACUCAUGGCGCCGAGACGCCCUCUAAUCUGGCCAGUAUCACGCCGACCGCGCGAGAAGCAACACGUGCCCCGAUCGCGCGACAACGAAUUUUUCACAAAACGUGCGACGUGCGCAACAACAGUAGCAAUAACAACAAUAACAAUAGCAAGGAGAACUUGCUACAGGAGACUGGCGAUGAUUGCGACGCAACGUUAUCCUCGCAUUGUUACGCCGAGCCGCUGAAAAAUCAUCAUCGUCAUCAUCAGCAGCAGCAGACCCGCGGGAUCAACGGUAGCAACAUCGCUAGCGGUGUCAUCAUCGGUAAUGUUUUUUCGGACAGUGGCAGUGACGGCUCGUGCGGCGAGGUAACAACGAGCGACAAAUACAAGGGUACCGGGUCAGAAUCGAAUCGGAACAGCAGCGGCGACGCGAUUCAAGGUCGUCCGAGUGAGAGAUCCAUGCUGAAGAUCGAGAAGCUGUCGGGAAAGACCGUUUUACACAGCGGCGGCGGUGAGUCUGCAGCGGCUGGCAAGUGCGGCGCGGAUAGGAUGAAGCCGGCCUCACAGGAGGCCGGCUACAACAAGCACGAGGUCAGCAAGGCCAAGAGCCACGAUGUCGGCCACGGUUACAAGGUCGAGAACCUGCGUUAUUACGGAGAGCUGAAGGGUUACGCCGAUUUUAAGGUUUACGGUACCGUUGACAAGCAGCCGGUGUCCGCGUUGAUAUCCGCGCACGAGAAAUCGCACCUUCUCCACGCACCUUCCUCGUGCGAAAAGGGUGAUAAGUGUCACAAGAUGCUGUCCUCGUCCGCGCAAGGAUACGGUCUGGGCAAGAUCGCUCAGCAACAGCCGGAGAAGAGUCACUACAGCGGAGAUCAUUACUACCACAGAUCAUCGCAUUCGAAACCGCCGAGCGCGUAUCAAGUGUACCAGGAGACCAAGUACUCAUACAACGUGAGCGGAGUGCCUGGGACACCGGCGCAGGCUAGCGCAGCCGCAGCGUUCUUCGCAAGAGCAGCGCAGAAAUUGAAUCUAUCGUCGAGCCCGCAUCGGAGACGACGUUCCGGCGACGAAAACAUCGGAUCUGACGAGCUGCCCAUUUUUCCCAAUGGAUACGCCGCGCUCCUUCUCAAGUCACCACCUCCGGCACCGCCUGCUCUUCUCAGGAGGAUAGGUGUAAAGGAGCUCACCGGAGUCGGGAAGGUAAAAGUCAUGCUGAGGGUAUCACCUGGAGAUGGAGGCAGCUUCUUUAAUGCGGAUAAACGGAAGAAGCAAGUUACCUUAGUGGAUCCAGCGUCCGGUCAAUCUUCAUCGGCAGAAGAUCGACGACCUACUGUGGCAGCGCCGAAAAUGUUCGCAUUCGACGCUAUCUUUACCGAGGAAGAUUCCCAGACUGAGAUCUGUUCGAGCGCUCUUACGGAUGUAAUUCACGCGGUCAUCAAUGGAACAGACGGUUGUCUGUUUUGUUUUGGACAUGCUGGCUUAGGCAAGUCUCACACUAUGUUGGGAACUCCGGAAGCUGGUCAUACACUCGGCGCAAUUCCUUGCGCCAUUGCGUGGCUCUUCCGAGGAAUUUCUGAACAACGACAAAGAACCGGUGCUAGAUUUAGCGUCAGGGUAAGCUGCGUAGAAUUGACCACCGGUCAGCAACAAUUGAGAGACCUGCUUGCAGCGCACGCAAACGAUUCGGAACAGUCGCCGGCCGUAUACCUCAGGGACGAUCCACUGUUUGGUACCCUUCAAUUGCAGCAGCAUAGCGAGCUCCGCGCGCCUACGGCAGAACGCGCAGCUUUCUACCUCGAUGCAGCAGUCGCCGGCCGUCAACGGGAGGACGGCGACGCGCAUAUGCUCUACACGUUGCACGUGUACCAAUACAGCGUCGCCGGCAAGGGCGGAGUUGCCGGUGGCAGAAGUCGACUGCAUCUGAUGGAUCUGGGAAAUUCGGACCGUGGCAAGUCUUCGGGUGGAAUUCCCCUCUCUGGCCUGGGCAACAUUCUUCUCGCGAUCUUUAACGGCCAGAAGCACUUGCCGUACAAGGAACACAAAUUGACACAACUGCUCAAGGAGUGCCUCGGCUCUCUGACCUGCCACGCGGCCAUGAUAGCGCACGUGUCUCCCAAUGCCCAGCACUAUACAGAGACGCUCACUACCGUUCAACUAGCGUCGAGAAUCCAUCGGAUGCGACGUCGGAAGAUUAAGUUCGUCGGCGGCGGCACGCAAGGUACCGGGAGCGGCGGCAGUUCCGGCGAGGAGGCGGCUCGGCAGAACAGCGAGUGCGAUCCCAGCUCGAGUGAUCUAUCCGCCGACACGGUGAUUUAUGUCGGGCCGAGCGCCGACGAUGCCACCGAUGGCGAACACCCGCCCGUUUACAUACCAAGCUUGAAUUCGGGCGACAAUCGUUGCGCGAUGGGCCGCGUGCUUCGCGGUUCCGCCGCCGAGAGACCGAGCAAAGUCCCCGAGGAACGUAGUCCGGCACAUAAAUCCAAGACGGUGAAGACGCUGACGCAGACCGCGUCGAAGCAGACAUCGCCGGCACAUAGCGUGACCCCGAAAGCGAGCCCCGCCAGGAAGAAUUCCUCGUCGAAAAGCGCGUCCUCAGCGUCCAAGAUCAACGACUCGCCCAGUAGUAAGAUCCCGAUAGCGGCGCCGAGCGGCGGUUCCGACGAACAGUGGAUAGAUGGUCCGAGAAUCUCCAAGUCGAAGGUCGCGGAAGCCAGACACAUGCUGAAAGAUUCGCAUCAUAAACGAGAGACAUGGAUCGACGGGCCAAUGCAAUUGACCAGCGCGCCAGCGCUGCAAUUGCACACUCAUCAGCAUGCGUCUUCCGGUUACGGUUUCAUGGACAGCCACAAGAAAAGCAUGAUUAGAAAGUGGGUGGAAAAUCAAUCGUCGCAGAUACAGCGAGCGAAACACGUCGGGUCGCGGCUCGACUCCUCCAAGAUGUCUUCAUCCGGCCAGUCAUCCGGCCAGUUUAAAGAACUGACACAGUUCAAAACCUGCAGCGGUAUGGAGGAUGACGAUACGUCAUUGUCCACGGAGAGUGAUAGCUUGAAAGCGAACGAGAUCGAGGAUAUAACCGAAAAAUUGAGCGCCAAGCUGAAUCUGCUUAACGUUAAAUCCAAUACGGAUUCAGGGUUAGAUUUGACAGCGAGUCCGGUGAUGGAUGACAAUGUCGAAAAGGGGAAGCUCGAUCUGCCAGAUGACGAAGAUGACGAUGAAGAAAUUGUCGUACCUCCACCGCUACCGUUGAUCGAACCACUCAGUAACGGAGUAAGCCGAGAAGUCUCCAUGGAAAGUCUGAAUCUGUCGCAUAAGGAUAUCGUUCUACCUUCGAGACAUUCGUUGUCUUCGGAGGACGAAAUUUUAGAGAUUGUCGAGGAAGAUUUGGAACCAGUACCUAUGCAAGACUCGUGUUUACAAGUGACUGAAGAGGACAUCGCGCUCUGUAUGGGUGAAAAUCUUCUGCUUGAGAGCGAUCAAGAAGAACAUCCUCUAAGAAUUCUUAGCCAAGAAAAUCUCACUGUAGUGUCAACUUUCACAGACUCUAUGUCGGUGAUGUCAGACACGGAGAGAUAUAGACCGCAUUAUCCGCCGCCAGUUGGUGCCGGUGUUCUACCUAGGCCAUACUUUGACCACGAGGACUUUCUCGAGCAAGAGACCAGGCACAAAUUCGAUCAGUUGGCCCGCCUCCAUGAGCUCUACCAAAGCAAACUCGCUCUCGCCAACGUUUCCAACUCCGUGACUUACCAGAGAGAAAACUCUUCCACCGUCAACGUACGAGAUGCUCCAUCAGCGACCGUCUUCCGUCCGCCGUCUCGCUGUCAAUCCUUGUCCCUUUCGGAUGUCUUAUUCAACGACAACGCAAGCAAUCACGGCAGCAUCUAUAGUGAACCUGCAUACAUAGCCGGCAAGCCCGAUCAAGAAAAAAUCUGCGAUAAUUGUCGUCAGAGCAUGUCUAGGCCUGCCACGGCCUCUUAUUGGUAUCCCAGUAGCGUUGCCCAUCUCGCCAGUCCUAGAAGGUACUGUGGCAAGUUGGGCGACUGCAACAUCUCGAGUCUGAGGCAUCCGGAUGGCGCUUCGAAUCCCAAUCUGAAGGAGGAGAUCGAAAGGAUACCCGGAAACGGAGCAUCCGGUUCGGAUCCCGAAGAGGAAUAUAUAGAGGCGAAGAAGCUAUUCACGGCUGCCGAAAGGUCCGAGAGAACGGUAACAGGAAAAUCCGACAUCGAAGAGGAUCUGAAGAUUCAAGGCGGCACUUCCUUGCAAUUGUCGAUGCCGUCUCCGGCGCCUUCCUCCGGACGAAUGCAACGCAAGAUCCUUAGCCUCGGCUCCUCGUUUGGUCUCAACAAGGAGAGCUCCGAUUCCGGUGCGGAUACAACGCCACGAGCGGCUAAACUAUCACCGGCCACACUAUCCAGACAUCGUGCUGAAAGCUCCGGUUAUGACAGUAUCGUUAGAGAUAGCGAGACGAGCAGUAUCACUAGCGACUCGUCCCGACAAACUGGCGCGUUACAGGAACAUCAAGCGGUGGAACAGCGGGCGGCAGGGUACGAGCUUCGGCGGUCGCGGGCCCACUGCCGGGCUCAACCGGGGCCGCCCGCGGCGUCGGCGAUUCUCGCGUAUACAGGCGAGGACGUAGACAUCCUGGACAGGCGCGCGCGGGUGCGCUCGAAUCCACGUGGAAUGAUGUCCAGGAUACACAGCCUGCGCCUGCGCCAGCGCCUUCUUAGGCUGGAGCUACGCGACGCCAAAAGACGCCUAAUGGUGCCCGACACUCGCUGGGACUAUAAUCUGUACGUAGAAGACAGCAUGGACUGGCGAAAUCCGUCAUUUUUGGAAGCUCUGACGGUCGAGACAUGUAUUCUACAGAAAAGAGUGGAGGCUUGUAAGAGCCACGUUCUUCUGGUCACCUGCUUCGACUCCUGUCCUCAGCAGCCGACAACCGAGCAGCCGACAGCCGAGAUUAACAUCACCUAACGUAAACUUGGAUCAGCACGCACGACCGCGUGUUGAUCACCAAUCCCGCCCAUCCACCUACGAAUUUAAUCGUUGAAACGAGACGAGCGAGGUCGCCGAAUAGAAUGGAAUAAAUUAGCAGAGAAUGGCGUCGAUGUCGCUCGACUCCGUCCAGUAAUUGUUAAUGAUAUAUUAUGAUAUAUCAUCGUCAUCGUCAUCGUAUGUCGUCGCUAUUGUUAAGCCUAACGGUACUAGCAAGAUUAAACGAGAAAUAAAGAAACCUAAAAAGAGUCUUACACCGAAGUAUCGCACACGUACACGCACACGCACGUGUCUUAUCGAAGUUAUAUUAUAGAGUUUUAACGAAAAAUGUAUUCGUGUUAGAGAUUUCGCGAUUGUUUCAGUUCCAACGAUGUUUCUCAGGAUACAGAAUGAAGAUAUUAAGUAAUUCUCGCAUGUUAUUAUAGCGACACGAGUAAGUAAGUCAGUUUCGAGGACAAUGCUCGUGUCGCGUUUAUAUUAGCAUUUUAUGUACAUGAGAGUUGAUACUUUUAUUUUCACAUUCUAUUAUUCAGAGUCAUUUAUUAUCAAAUAUUAUCGCUGCCAUACUAUCUGACUGAUGCCAUUAGUAAGUUAUAAAAGAUAGAUUUCCGACCUAAAAAGACUGCUGGCCAACCGGCCAAACUGCGUAUUCAUCGGGAACAGCGACAAACAAAACAAGCGGAUAAAACUGUCGCAGUAGACUAGAGAUAUUUAUCUCAAUCUAGAAACAAUACGACACGCGUCCAUAUUCAUAAUCGAAUCAAUUGACCGCGGAAAGACAGUCGAAUGAAGAUCGAGAAAACCGAUCAUAAACGAUCGCAAAUUAGUUAUAAUGAUACAAUCUCGAUUAUUACAGUAUCAACAACUGAGAUCGUCUACACAAUUUAGAGAGCAUCGAAUGAUUAAAUUUCUCUUUCUCUAUCUAUGAUUCAGGAAGAGAGAAGAAAUUCAGCGAUGCUAGUUAAUUUAGAUUGUCGAUGGAAAUGGUCUCAUAACAAUAGAAGUUAAUGUUAGAAAUAAAUGCAAAUUUUUUUCAUUAAAAUAUCGAGCUUCGAUUUUGCGGGGAAGCCAAACGAAAGCAAUGGGAAAUCUGCCGUGAAUGAACGAGCAACGCACUGCCAAAAUAGUGCAAAAAGAAAUCUUUUUAUACCAUUAACGAUCGAUCGAUUAACGAAAUGCGCCGUAAUGUAUUUAAUACACGCACGUUAAUUCAUGGUAUUAUCGUAGCUUUAAUCGUUAUCAACAGUUACCGCACUUCGUAGGGUUCUGUAACUCACUUAGAAAGAUGCGAAAGAGAGAAGCGGAAAAGAAGAUAGAGCGAAUGAGAGAAAGAAAGAAAGAAAGAACGCAUGUAGCGAAAAGAAGAAGGAAAAGAGAUGAGAAUAAUAAUAAAUCAUAAAUUUUUGUUAAUUGUAAGAAACUUUCACGCGAGUGCUAUUGAAACUUGUAGAAAAAAAAGAAGAGAGAAAUAGGAGAAGGAGAGAGAGAGAAAGAAGAAAAAAUGAGGAGUCUAACUCUCUCGUUUCCGAUGUGAAAAUGUUAUGCGAAGGGAGGACGCGGAGAGGAUAUAAGCACAGGCGGGGAUAAAGUCGGAAAGAAUAAAAAUAGAUGGGAUAAAAAUAAAUCGGCAUGGGAGUAACGUAUAGAGAAGGAAAGAGGAAUGGCAGAAACUGAGGUAUUCUAGUUUUCUGAUGCGAAUCAUGAUGGACCGAUAUCGAUGGAAAAAAAACACGAUUUUUUCGCGUCCUAAAUUGUUAUACCUUGAGAUUUAUGCAUGAUACACACGUAUAUGUAUAUGAAUAUAUAAGCACACACGCAUAUAGAUACAUAUACACACAAUGCAAAACAAUUAUUGUACGUGAAUACCGACGUGAAACACGUAAACGCGACUGAUUAUCACAUGUGUAUACAUAUAUAUACAUAUUUACAUAUUGCAUUUAGCAUUAAAUGCGAACAUCUCAAGAAUUGAGUUUCAAAGUGUGAGAUGUUUCUGAUAUAAUUUUGAGGUCGCACCGGAAAGAUCGCUACAAAUAGAAAAAUUUGAUAGUCGCAUUUAGCGUUAAACACGAAAUGUAAAUGCGAAGGCACAAACGUCAUUUUCACAGAUUCGUGGAACCAGAUUAAUCGCCAUCCACAGAUAGAAGGCAACAAAACCAAGUGAUUCCUUCGUGUCGCCCUAAUGUCGCGCUAAUUAAAGAGAUUUUACACGUUCAUUUCUCCGUAUCUCGCUCAUCAACGAUCAAAGAUGAGUUUGUGGCUGAAAUUAUCGUCAUUGCUUUAUCUGUCGGUUCCUUUCUUCAUUAAUGUAUUAUGGAUAUUCAAUAUAUAUUGUUGAACAAAUUGUUUAUCGCAAGAAAAUUAUGAUUUUUCAUGUUGAUCGAUUACUCAAAUGAUUGCGAUCAUUUAUGAUAAUUAUUAUAUAUAACGUUCCAUUCGCUAAUCUACCCAAAGAGAUUAUAUUCAGAGAGCGAAUCUUCAUUUCCGUCUUUUCGAAAAUCGCGGAAAAUGUCUUUAUACAUAAUUUGUCACGUGUAACGUUAAAAUUCGUACGUAUAAUUGUUUACUUAUCGUCGCGUGUCCGAAUUCAAUCUGAGUUAAAAACAUUGCCAAGAGCGUAUCAGUCCGUCUGCCGUGAAUACAACAGUAAUAAUAACGAAUUAUAGUGAUAGUAAUUAUUAAUUGUAACUAGCAAUCUACUUCCACUUUCCACCGGAAAACAUGCGUCUCUGUACCAUAGUACUUGUAUGAUAUUUAUAUUUUAUAUGUACAAAUUAGUCAUGUAAUUUCUUGUAAUAAAGAUCAAUUUACAACGU